ACUUUCUAUGUCAUUUUCUUUUCACGGUGACAUCCGGAACUUUCACCCAGAAUAUUUUCUUUUGGGUUUUUAUUGGUGAAAAUCGGGAAAAAUUCAUUUUCCUACCUUGCAAGUCGAUUAAAGUGCAUUGGGAGGCCAAGUUGGUGCAAAAAUUCACACCGACAGAGAUGGUUUACGUGAGUUUUGUGCGAAGUGCAAUUCCAAGGAGGAUUCCUACAAUAAAGUUCCGGAAAGGUGGUGGAAAUGGCAUCUCAUCGGCUUCAGAGGGCUUUAUAGCUGCCACAGUAGCCACUGGGAAGGGAUCUGCUGGGAGUGCGAACACGGUAUCGAGGCCCACAAUUGAGGAUUGGCAGCUUCCACGACGCUACUGGCGCAAGGAAUUGGAUGACAAGGAGAUAGACUAUAUCAAUCGUGGUGGUCCUGAGUAAAAUACCCAAUUUAGAGUGGUGCAAAAGUCCCUCAAACCCCUUCCGGAAACAUCAAGCCGCCUGCUUUAGACUGUUUGAGGCUCUCCUGCCGUCCGGGGGGUUAUCUAGUCAGCUGAUGUGCUGGAAGGGGAUGUGGUGAUACCCUGAGAAUCUUGAGCUAUGACUCUAUUGUUGAAAUUACCCAAAAAAUGAAUGUAAAUAAAAGAAAUUUCAGUGAAAAA